UUUCCCAGCUGUACUCAAACAAAGCAGCGAGGGCUAUGGUGGGAGAAGACGUUUAAAGACCUCCAGCGAGCUCGCGUGACAGUGCCAGACCUGCUGCGGUGUACCGUGUGAUGAGAAGAUGUCUGUGGACGAGGUGUACGUGUUCAGACCCUUCAAACUGAUCGCUCUUCUCUGCGUCUUCCUGGCGCUGUGUUUGGACGUGGUGGCUCUACUGAGUCCAGCGUGGGUCACCGCCGACCAUUUCUCCCUGUCUCUAUGGGAGUCAUGCUCCCAGUCCGAGGCUCGGCAUCCCGCAGAGGAAGCUCAGUGGAGCUGCUUCUCCACCCUCACAUCUGACUGGCAGAUUGCCACCCUGGUGCUGCUGGGGGCCGGUGCUGUUGCAACACUGGUGGCCUUUUUGGUGGCCCUCAUUUCCCUCUGCAGGGGGACACAGAGACAACACUACCGCAUUGUAGCGGUCUUCCUCUUCACUGCAGUGUCUCUGCAGGCCUGUGCUCUGGUCCUCUACCCAAUCAAGUUCAUCGAUGGAACGGUUCUGCAGACCUAUCACGAGUUUAACUGGGGCUACGGGCUUGGCUGGGGCGCCACCAUCUUCAUGUUGGGCGGAGGGAUCCUCUUCUGCCUGCGGACGGACAUUUACGAGGAUGCUAUGUACUAGUCGGUUUCCAGUCGCACUGCUGGAAAUACUCACUUAAAACACAGAGACUUCACUUCACUCUGCACUCAGCCUGUAUGUAGGCACAGACCCUAUGUCUCAGUUUCUCCUGCUGUCCUGCUCUCUUGGUUAUUUUUAGACCGGUUGUGAAGGCCUUAUUUAGGCCAGGGCUAUAUGCGUAGAACAACCUCUGCCCUACACUGCCCAUCUCUCAGCCAUGCUGGUCUCGGGGGCGAGGUGGCAGUGCUAAAGCACAGAGAGCUUUCUGGACAGGCUUGAGUUGCUGUUGCUGGAUGUUUCUACUGACCUGGAGGCCUUUUGUUAGAGAAAAAACAGCACAUAUCUGAAUGUGCAGUGGCUGAAUUUUUAACAGGACUGAUUUAUCUCCACAUUUCCCUUUUUAAAAUUUUAUUGGUUUUUAGCUUUUCAUGAGGAUAAGCUUGUUGAUAACAUAUUUAUGGCAUAUUUUUCUGCUUUAUUAACAUUGGAAGCCUGAAGUCACUCCCUGUGUCUUAGCUCAAACUUAUCUAAUAAGUGUAAAUUAGCCAACUUUGAUAUAUGCUAUUGAGUGUGUAGUUUGUCUGAUGAAAACUGUAAAUGUGUACAAAGUAUUUCUACAUAGAGGAGAAUUCAGAAUAAAUAAUGGUAGUUUUGGGAGCAUCAGAAAUGUUAA